GGGAUAUGCUGCAAUCAAUUGAUUUGUGGGGUUGACCUAGUUCUAUUUUGGGUGUGUCAAUUAAUCAAUACGGAGUGACUAAAGCUUCAUUGGCAACAGAUUUUUCAAUUUUUUCCAAAAGUGUGAAGAAAUGACAGUGUCUAAGUACGUUACUGAUUAAAUACCAAUAUGUAUAUCACCAUUAAGUAUGGAGAUAACAUACAGAAAGUGGUCAAUCCUAACUGUGGUGCUAAAUCCCUGCUGGAGUUCAUAAGAAAACAAUGUAGUUGCAAUGAAACUGAUAUAUUAGAUUUGGUGGAUGAGACUGGUGUUCUGAAGAAGCUUAAUGAACAACCAGAUACAGACAAUGUGAAGACAAUCCUACAGAGCAAAGCUAUAUACAUCCCUGUUUUAGUCCUCAAGGGUGAAAGUGAAGAAAAUAAAGAAUUUGUACCUCUGCUGAAAGAAAUUGAGGAACUUUACCCCGGUCUUCUUGAAAAGCUGCAAAGUUUCAAGAAGAAAUCUGGAGGAAGAAAGAGUCGUUUAGAACCCAGUCAUACUCCCCACAAGAAGAGUAAUGUUAAUGUCAAUACAGCUGGCAAGGGCACUAAAGGAGGUCGGAAGAAAUAGUGUCUUCAAGAUAUUUCUGAAUAUUAACAGAAAGCUUUGACAAUAACAGAAAAUAAUAAUCUUGUAUGAGACAUUUUUUCUUCCCCUUACUCUGUAUUUAAAUUCCCCACUUGAAGCUAAAUUGGCGUUUAUUUAGUAAUAGCACGUUGUUUACUUUUUUGAAAUACAGAAAGGGGAGGUUUUAACACAUGGGCUUA